UUUUUUUAUUCAAGAAGUCAAAUUCAAAGUGAACUUAGUGGCAGAUUGCAGCAUCCAGUCUGAGCUUCUGAGUGCUCAGAGGUUCUGUCACUGGUCGCUGUUUUGUUUUGGAGAAACUGGAAAAGCUCAAAGUGACGCAGAGGAAUGAGCGUGUCAUCGUGGUGAAGGCUGAGCGGCGACUGACACCACCUGCUCCUCAGACGGCAGCAGACGCCCUGAGAGUCGGACUGUUGGCUCUGGAUCACCAGCAGGUGUUAGCAGACUUCAGGCUCACAGUGGGCGUUUGACAGAUAUCACCAGAAAGCAGCUUCAGUUCGAUGGAGGACUCGGAGCCGCUGCUGGCUGCCUGGUCGGACCAGAGGAGGACCAACGGCCACGUCACAUGGAGCGCUCACACUCUGGAGUCGAAGGCGGUGGAGGAUUUCAGACGGAGGCUCAAGUACUUCUUCAUGAACCCCUGUGAGAAGUACAGGGCCAGGGGCCGGAAGCCAUGGAAACUGAUGUUACAAAUAUUAAAAAUCGCAAUCAUCACCGUCCAGUUGGUCUCUUUCGGCCUGAGCAACGAAAUGAUGGUCACCUUCAAAGACGAAAACCUGAUGACGUUCAGACAUCUGUUCCUCAAAGAAUACAAGGAUCCCCGGCUGGGAAGCUACGCGCUUUACACCAAAGCCGAUGUGUACGAUCACAUCUACUACGUCAUCAACAGGUACACCAGCCUCCAAAACCUGACCGUGGGUAACCUGGCGUAUGGGAGCGUCGAUGGCGAGCCCACUCCUCUGUCCGUCUGCCAGGUGUUGUACAGAAACAGCAGCAUUGAUCCUGGAAACGACAGCUUUGACAUUGAUCCACAUGUCGAAACAGAUUGUGUUUCCAUAUAUCCUGAGCAGUCGCUGGACAACAGCAGCAGCCUGGCAGCUCAUGUCAACUCCUCUUUAGACUUCAAAAGGCUGCUGUCAGUGAACAUCUACCUGAACCUGAAAACCAUCAACCUGCAGACGGUGCGGCACCACGAGCUGCCAGACUGUUACGACUUCCACAUCACGAUUGUGUUUGACAACCGCGCCCACAGCGGGGAGAUAAAGGUUCACAUUGAAAAUGAUGUGAGGAUUUAUGAAUGCAGAGAUUGGAACGUGGAGGGAACCUCUGGGAAGAACGAUUAUCUCCUCCUGGUCUUUGACUCUGUGGUCAUCCUCGCCUGCCUCACCUCUCUGGUCCUCUGCACACGCUCUGUCAUCAGAGGCAUCCAUCUGCAGUCGGACUUCAGCGUCUUCUUUCACGCCCACUACAAUAAAGUGGUGUCGUGGACCGACCGCAUGGAGUUUGUGAACGGCUGGUACAUCCUCAUCAUCGUCAGUGACACACUGACCGUCGCUGGAUCGGUGCUGAAAAUUGGGAUCCAAACAAAGUUCCAGACAAACUACGACGUCUGUAGCAUCCUGCUGGGAACCGCCACCAUGCUCGUCUGGGUCGGUGUGAUCCGAUACCUCGGUUUCUUCAAGAAGUACAACGUGUUAAUCUUGACCCUGAGGGCGGCUGUGCCAAACGUGUUCCGGUUCUGCUGCUGUGCCACCAUGAUCUACCUCGGGUACAGCUUCUGUGGCUGGAUCGUCCUCGGGCCUUACCACGACAAAUUCCGAACAUUUGACAAGGUGACCGAGUGCCUGUUCUCGCUCGUCAACGGGGACGACAUGUACGCCACCUUCCUGAAGAUGAGAGCCAAGAGCUACAUGGUGUGGCUGUUCAGCAGACUCUACCUCUACUCCUUCAUCUCCCUCUUCAUCUACAUGGUGCUCAGCCUCUUCAUCGCUCUCAUCACUGACACCUACGAAACCAUCAAGCAUCACCAGCACGAGAAGGAGCCGGUGUCGCAGCUCCAGGCCUUCAUAGCAGAGUGCAGGGACCAGCCUGACUCUGGGAGAUACGUGACCGAUGACGAUCCAUCGACCUGCUGCUUGUCUCCGUGUGGCUGCUUUGGAUAAAGUGACAGGAUGUAGCGUCUUCUUAUUUUCUAACUGAACAAAGAGUUGCCCUCAAGAGGCUGCAAACUGCCCCACAGAGUCCUGGUGUAUGUGCAGCUUUGAUCGUGUGAAUGACUGAUGGGAAUGUCAGAAUAUGUGCUUACUCAGGUAGAAGCACUUUUACUCAACUUGCUGAGACAUGAACUGUUAAACUUUCUCUGUCAGAGAAUGAUUAAAGUCACCAUGAAAGAGACGACGCACCAUCCUGACUUUAAUACUGAGAGCAUGAAUACACACAACGAUGAUGAAAGUUUCUCAGAUAUUAGGAGGAUAAAAAUAAAAACAACUUCUGAGUUGGCUUCUGUGGAAUUUCCUCCUGACUGCACCAGAACAACACAACGAAGCUGUUGUUUGUGAUUUUAGAAGCACUCGAUUGCGAUAUUUUAUUUAAACUCUGUGGAAGUCAAAGUCAAUUCACUGAUAUGUAACCCAGAUAUUACAUAUAUUAUAAUGUAUAUAUUAGUGUAUAUCAAAACGUGCAGCUGGAUCGGUAAUGGUGUGAUGUCACUUUUACGUUAUUUUAUGUUAUUUCUCUAAAUCUGUGUUUAUAGAGCAAAAAUGCUUCUUACA